AUGAACCGACUCCACACCGACCUCGCCCCUCUCCACGUCUCCAUCCACGCCGGCGGCUUUAUGGGCGGUAUCCCUGAAUACAAUGCCGCCUUUGCCUCUCUCCUAUCCUCCCUCACCGGUGCCGUCAUCGUCCUUCCCUCCUACCGCUUCGCGCCGUUGCACCCUUUCCCCGCCGCCAUUGACGACAUCGACGACGUGCUCGCCUGGCUCCGCUCCAAUGCCUCUCAGCGCCUCGGCGCCGACCCAUCCCUCCUCACCAUCAGCGGCUUCAGCGCCGGUGCGAAUCUCGCUCUCGCGGCGACCCAGCAGCAGCAAGAGCAGAAGUCCGACCCCACCAACAUCAAAGCGGCCGUAACCUUCUACGCCCCCAUCGACCUCCGCCUCCCGCCGCACGAAAAACCCAUACCCGCCGGCCUCCCCAGGGCGAAUCCCAUCAGCGCCAUCCUGCCGCUCUCAGACGCAUACGUCGCGUCGACCGGAUCCGACGGACGGAACGUGGCGGACGCGCGCCUGCACCCGUUCCUGGCGGAGCUGCGGACGCUACCGGGGCGGAUGCUGUUCGUGAUUCCGACGCUGGACAUCCUGCUGCACGAGCAGCUGGUGUUUGUGGAGAGGUUGAAGAAGGAGGCGGAAGAGGAAGGGAGGGAGAGGGUUGUGGAGAGUCUGAUUGUGGAGGGGCAGUGGCACGGAUGGGUUGAGUGUGGGUGA